AAUAAGCGAAAACAAACAAAUUAAUGUAGCUCUGCUGCCGGCACCCCUCUUCCUCGACACACUGCCGUCUAACUCGGUCUCAGUCCCGUUCGUACGCUCGGUAGGAGGGGUCUAUCGAGUUGCAUACGGCGAACACAGUCACAGUCUGCGCUGUCGUGAUAUAUGACUGGAUGGUUCUCUGUGCCAGCGUCAUGGGAAGGGGGAAUAGCCAAAAACCAACAAUCCAUCGAGGCAGCGUGCUUUGUAGUGUGGCAUGUUUUAGUUCGAAAGUGUCCCCCGAUCGAUGAAGUCACGUUCCGUCGUCGCCGUUGUCGUUUUAUCGUAAUCAGAACGCGUAUCGCCGGCCACCCUUAUCGUGUAUGCCUUCAUGCCCAUCUGCGGAAGCAGCAUCUCAGCGAUAUGGAUAAGGUGACCGAGUUACUCCAGCCAGCGCCUCCGGAAGAUCGAUUGAAAUUGUCGCGUCUUCCGAGUUCGUCGUUCUCCAUCGAAAACCUAAUCGCGACGGAACAUCACCGGCGGCAGCGGGGAAGUCCGCCGGGAUCGGAUCAAUCUCCCCCGCAUUUGGCGACUGUCGACACGUCCAAUUCGUAUUUGGUCAACGCGGCCGGUUACAACGCGGCUGCCAUGCUUUCGUUGACGAACUUUCCGUUGUACAACCCCUGGGUGGGCUACCUUUCGCCGGCGGCCAACGAAAAACUAUCGCAACUGUUCUCCAGUGCUGCUUGUGGGGGUGACAAACGUGUCUAUAAAUCAGUGCCAGGUGAUCCAGCAGAAGCUCCUGCCAGUAACGACGCAUCUGGUCAAAGUGUUCGUGGUGAUAAAUCGUCAAUAGAUGUGAAUGCCUUCAAAACGUUUUCGGGGGCAACAGUGCCAUAUGGGGGUGCCGCGAUGCCAAAUCUCGAAGCGGCAGCACAAUACUUUGCAAACAGCUCACGAAGGUCCUUGUACAAUCCAACGGAUUUCGGUGAAGGUGGAUCAAGUGGUGGUGAUAAGAUAAAUCAUAGUAAUUACGGUGCAAACAGUGCCAUCGGGGGGAGAAUAUUUCUGAGGAAUUUCAGUAGUGAUUUGGCGUCGCCGGCAGUGGUCAGUCGGAGUAGUUUGGACUUGCAGGACUCGGAUUCGAGGCAGUCGUACCUGAAUAUUGAUCGAGAUGAGGAUGAACGACCGCUGGCGGGAGACGGUGGAGGGGAUAGCAAUGAUGAGGGGUCGUACAGCGAUGAUAUCAGCUUGUCACUAUCGCCGAAUGGAUGCGGAAAAAGCAACGAACUGGAUGAAACCGAUUCCGAGCCGUGUUCCGACGAUGAUGAAUCAUCCCCGCACGGUGGUCCGCACUCGAAGAAAUCAAGCGGGAGUGGUGCCACCGGUUCGAACGAAAACUGCUCCAAAUCCCGCCGGAGACGAACUGCCUUCACCUCGGAACAGCUGCUCGAGCUGGAACGGGAAUUCCAUGCGAAAAAAUAUCUCAGCCUGACAGAGCGCAGCCAGAUUGCGACCACAUUGAAGCUGAGUGAAGUGCAGGUCAAAAUAUGGUUCCAAAAUCGCCGGGCCAAGUGGAAACGGGUCAAAGCGGGACUCAACUCGCACGGGCUUGCUGGGCGGGGUGGUACCAGCGGCGGCACUACCAACAGCACCAAAAUCGUUGUUCCUAUUCCGGUGCACGUGAACCGUUUUGCCAUCCGAUCGCAGCACCAGCAGAUGGAGAAGAUGAACCUGGUCGGUCCGAAGGCGGAGCUGCGGAAAGAUCUGGGUAUGGAGCCGAGCAGUUUCGAGCGGUUCGGAUUAAGUAAGUUGGGGCCUACGCCGGGGGCUGGGGGAUUUUGAGGAGCGAGCAGCGGUAUGCGCGAGACCAAUUUGUGUGAUAGAGAUUGUUUUUAUAGUGUAGGGUAAUUUUAGGACUUUUAUUGAAAGGGAGAAAGAGGAGUAAUUUCCUCAUUGAGCUCUCUGGUGGCACUGCGGGUAGAAUUAUGCCCAAUUAGUCAACGAGUGUGGUGAUUUAUUUUUCAAAUCGUUACGCUCUCGGGCCAUGAGUGGCAGUCCGCGAAUGGAACUGAACUGCAAGAGAUGUACUUUAAUUUGAGUUAACUCGAGGAUGAUUAUUUUACAAAUUGGAAGUAUGAAUUGGAUGUAAUGUAUUGUAGAGAUUAAUCUAGUUUUAAGAGGAUAACGCGUGCGAAGAAGAGGACAGUUUAUUAAUAGAGUACAUCCGAUUGUAA